AUGAAAGUGGGAUUAGUUGGUCUCCUUGAAACCAAGAUGCAGACUCACAAUUUGGGUUCUGUAUAUGUAAAUAUGUUUAGAGGAUGGUGUUUCUCAACAAAUAAUGCUUGGCAUAAAGGGGGUAGAAUUAUGGAUAGCUGGAAUCCAGGGAUGUUUACAGUCAAUAUACUACAAUGUUCAAGUCAAUUAAUGCAUCUGGAAGUUACUUCAUUGGCUGGAGAUUUUAAUGAUAUUCUCAGUGUUGAAGAGAGAAUAGGUGGACAUCAAAGACCAAAAGUUUCUGGUGCAUUUAAAGAGUGCGUGGAAUUUUGUCAAGUUGAGGAUGUAAAAUUUACAGGUUCAUUUUUUACUUGGAACAACAAACAGGAUAAGGAGACUCAGAUCUAUUCUAAAAUAGAUAGGGUAUUAGCAAAUCAACAAUGGCUGGACAAGUUACCGAAUGCAGAGGUAGUUUUCUUGUCUGAAGGUGUGUUUGAUCACUGUCCUGCUAUUGUCUCUGUUUACCCGGCUGGUGUGGAAGGAAAGAAACCAUUUCAAUACUUCGGAAUGUGGAAAAAUGUUCUAGAUUUCAAGAGGAGAUUAGAAGAGACUUGGUUGAUCCAGUUUGGUGGUGCACCAAUGUUUCAACUUACUCAGAAGUUAAAAGAGGUAAAGAAGCUACUAAAGGGGAUUAAUAAGAGUGAGAUUGGGGAUAUUCAUACUGUACAUGCUAUGAGAUAUCAGGCUCUAAUUGACUGUCAAGCUGCCUUACAAAUAAAACCUCAUGAUCAUAUCCUUAUCUCUAAGGAAAAAGAGGCCAGAGCAAUAUACAAUGAAACACAUGGCAAUUAUAUCUCCUUUCUUAAACAGAAAGCUAAACUACAUUAG